AUGAGAUGUUUGCAGCGGCGGCGAGCAGAGCUGCUGGCGACUAGCUGUGAGGCAGGCGUAGCACACGGGUGGAAGAUAGCUUGUGCCAUCCUCGCAGUGCGUGUGCAGGAAGUCACCUGUCUUCUAAGCCAACACUUCAGACCUCAGCAAGCAACACCCUGAUCAGGGCUCUGUGACCAAGCUGUAGGACCUCUCUUGCCUGCGUGUGGUUUGCCUCCUCACUCAGUAAGACUGGCACCAGCAGAGAUGCAGACACAGAGGGUGCCAGGGAGGAAACGUGGCCGACCUCCACUUCACUCCACACGGGUGCAGAUGGCAGUCCAUAACCUCUAUUCUGCUCCUCCUGCCUCUGUGCCAGCAGUGACAAUCCCAAAGAAGAGAGGACGGAAGCCCAGGUACAAGAUCAAGUCUCCAGUGCUCAUGACUCCCCUGGCCCUGUCACCUCCACGGAGUACCCCGGAACCCGACCUCAGCUCCAUCCCUCAGGAUGCAGCCACCAUUCCCAGCUUGGUGGUCCCAGAGGCUCUCACAGUAUGCCUCUACAUAAACAAACAGGCCGAUGUGGGGCCGUACCUGGAGAGGAGGAAGCUGCAGCAGCUUCCAGAGCGCCUGGGACCCGAGCGGCCCGCCACCGUCCUGCAGCAGGCGGUGCAGGCAUGUAUCGACUGUGCACACCAGCCCAGGCUGGUCUUCUCCCUCGUCAAGCAGGGAUACCGAGGCGAGCUGGUGUCAGUCUCUGCUUCCUUCGAUGGAAAGCAGCACUUGAGGAGCCUGCCUGUGGUGAACAGCGUGGGCUAUGUCCUCCGCUUCCUGACGAAACUGUGCCGCAGCCUCCUGUGUGACAACCUCUUCAGCCAUCUGCCUUUGCCCGGGAGCAUCGGCGCCUCUGACAAGACCCAGGACAGAGGGGAUGGGGGGACUGACUCAGCUAAGGUAGCCACUGCUGAAGAGUGUCUGGCAAACGCAGUGGGCAUGAACCGCUACGCCAUGGACUUUAGCCACAGGGGCUCCGUAACCCACUCCUCACUGUACAAGAGGCUGACCUGUGGAGACAGCCACCUUGCCGGAGGCCCCGCCACCACCACCAGUGGUUCCCGCACCAACCCUGUGCCCUCUGGAGGUUCGUCGUCACCUGGACUGAGGCUCCCAGCCUCUAGCCCCAAGAGGAAUGGAACAGCCAUCGAAGGAAACCGAUGUGCCCCGAGCCCCUCUCCGGAGGUGCAGGAUACCAGGCGACCAAGCAGCAGAAACCCUUCUACCUGGACUGUGGAGGACGUAGUCCGGUUUGUGAAAGAUGCUGAUCCUGAGUCUCUGGGACCUCAUGUGGAGCUCUUCAGAAAGCAUGAGAUUGAUGGCAAUGCCUUGUUGUUGCUGAGGAGCGACAUGAUCAUGAAGUACCUGGGACUGAAGCUGGGACCCGCGCUGAAGCUCUGCUAUCACAUUGACAAGCUAAAGCAAGCUAAGUUCUAAAGAGUUGGAAACAAAGCCCACAUCACCAGGUUACUUCUGCCAGACCAGCAUCCGGCCAACAUCAUGAGCAGACUGUCCUCUUAAACGUCACAGCCACAAAGACUAUGUCUUCUUAUAGAACGUGUGCAUCCUUGCUUUUUCUAACAUUCCUAGUGGCCCCUUUCAGGCACUCAACUGUGUGCUAGAUUUGUCAGAAAAAAAUCACAAAAAGCCUAUUACAUUCAGUGUUCCUGACGUGUUGGUCACUCUUUGCAGGUGCUAUUUGUGCUGUGACAGAGUGGAUAACUGAAUGCUGUCACACAAGGAGAGCCCUGGAGGGGAUUCACAAAGUCCCUGCAGGGGCU